AUACGAAAUUUUAUUUUCAGAAUAAGGGGUACUAAUUUAAGUAUUAAAUAUUUUCAAAUAUCUCUCUUCCACGGUUAUAUGAAAAUAUUUAUUAGUUAAAUUAAUGUUUUCUACUGAAUCUCGACUGCUGGUUAUAAAGUUAGUUACAGGGUUGAUGGUGCUAAUUUGAAUUAUUUAUGUUCAUGUUUAAUAAUUGAAAAAUUAUGUUUUUAAACAUUGUUGGUGAACCAGUGGCUUUCGAGAAAUACGAUGAGAAAGAUUUGGAUCAAAAAGCCCCAUUACUGCUGGCCAGUCCCAAUUCUUUUAACAAUGUUUCAGAAAAUUGGUGUGGAAUUGUAUAUUCUACCCGCCGAAUUAUUAACGAAUCGAAAGAUCUUUUAUUACUUAAAUCGACAUCACCAAAACGUAUCGUAGAACUAGAAGAAAACAAACCGACAGUGGUAGACACUUCAAAAGACUCUCAAGUUACCGUAACAGCAUUUUCUUGGACAAAAGAAAAAGAGGAGCCUAAAUUAAUUUUUCUAAUAAAAGAUGAAUAUAUAACAAGGAUAUGUGUAGAUAUAUUUGCCAAUAGCCUAAGCAGUAUUAUAUCAAACAACAUUUUACGAGGAUUUAUAAAGGAAGGUGUAGAUGUAGUACACUUUAACGAUAGUUUUGCUACGAAAUCUAAUCCUAAAGAUCCGAAAAUUCAGCACACUUGGUUCAGAAUUCACAUGUUAGCAUAUCUUAUCCGGCCGAAAAAAAUAAGUGGAUUUUCAGAAGUGCAACUACCCAAAUUUAUUACCCAGUGUUGUAGUAAACCUAAUAUUAAUAGACUUAAGAAUCCAGCUGGAUUUUAUUUGGUUAAAUAAGUAUUUACUUUGUUCCUCAUUAUGAAAAUGCAUGCAAGCUUAGAAUUAAAAAAUACGUAUAUAAAUAAACUAAUAUUUUUCAUCUUCGGUCAUUCUUCAGAUUGCUAGAACGUGUUCCUCCAGUGCGUCCGCCUCGGUUUGGCUUACUGCCUUGAGACUGCGUCCCAGUACCAGCAGCAGUCACUACUUGUGUUGUUUGUUGCACUGGGGUGCUAACGUUUGUAUUACCAGGCAC